UCUUUUGCGUUCUUAAUUCAUGCUGUAAAUAUUAUUUUUUAAAAACUAAUGGAAACUACUUGAUCUAUAAAUGUAGAUGUACAACCUGAAUCGCGAGGUAUUUUAAAUCCAGAAAAAAAUGCCUUUUAUUAAAUGCCUGUUGUUCUCCGCUCCGCCAGCGAGGGCGCUCAGACAGCACAACUGAACGGGCCAAUCAAGAGCACCCAGCUGGAGUGACGCCACUUCCGUGACAGAUUUAUCAACAAUAACAAAAGCGACGAGGAACAGUUUGGCGAUCAAAGUGCGAGUCUUCAAAUGACACGACGUGGAUAAACUGACGGUUAGGAGUUGGUUUGGAUUACAGCGUCCUGUCCCGCGUCUCACUGAGGAGCUGCUCAUUCAGUAGUGCUGUUAUCUCUGAGAAGUGCCGUGAGGACGCUGAGCAGAGCCCAGUCUCUUUGCUGGUUUGCAGCCACAUUUUCCGUUUGAGCCCUGACACUCAAAGGACAAAUAACUUUUGUAGUAAAAGUAAACCUUAUUUUAUGGCACAGCUGUGUCUUUGGACCUGUGAGGACAAAUUGCGCAGCAGUUGCAUAAGGUGCACGGUGUUGGCCGGUGCAAUGGAAGCUUCUGAGACAGAAGGCCGCACCUUUAUGCAGGCGAUCAGUGAGAAGUACAGCCCGGAAAACUUCCCUUGCCGUCGGGGUCCAGGCAUGGGUGUCGUGGUUGUGCCGUCUGAACAUCAGGGAUCACCUAUGAAAGACCGUCUGAACCUGCCCAGUGUUCUGGUUUUGAAUGGCUGUGGAAUCAGUCAUGCAGGAGAAGAGGGAGAAAUCACUGCCUUCUGUGCUCAUGUAGUUGAACUUGAUCUGUCCCAUAACAAGCUCCAAGACUGGCAUGAGAUCAGCAAGAUUGUUUCUAACAUCCCGAACCUGGAGUUCUUGAACCUCAGCUCUAAUCAGCUGAAUGAUGCAGUCUUGGAGCCGGACUGCGCAAAGGCCUUUUCUAGCAUCCGCCGCCUCGUUCUUAACAAUACCCAGGUGUCCUGGGACACAGUGCACACAUUCACACAAGAGAUGCCUGAACUAGAGGAGCUGUUCCUGUGCCUUAAUGAGUACACCACUGUGACACCGGCCGCCAUGCCCUUCCCCACAGUGCGUCUGCUUCACAUCACAGAUAACAGCCUCCACGAGUGGAGUGAAGUACGAAAAUUUGGCUCCAUGUUCCCUGCACUGGACACACUGGUCAUGGCCAACAACUACCUGAGCUCCAUUCAAGACUCGGGAGAAAUCCUUCAGCGGCUCUUCCCUAACCUUCGAAGAAUAAAUCUGCACAACUCAGGGCUUAAUCGAUGGGAGGACAUUGAGAAGCUAAACUUUCUGCCCAAACUGGAAGAAGUGAGGUUGCAAGGCAUUCCUCUACUGCAGGCUUACACGAGCACGGAGCGCCGCAGUCUAAUGAUAGCCCAACUGCCAUCAGUGACCUGCCUGAAUGGGAGUGUCGUGACAGAUGCCGAGAGAGAAGACGCUGAGAGAUUCUUCAUACGUUAUCACUUGGAUCAUUCAGAGGAAGAGCUGCCCCACAGUGUUUGCAUUUCGCUUUGGAGAUAUCACUGCUUGGUGACCAAAUAUGGGAAACUGGCUCCUCUGGCUGAGAUCGACAUGAGACCACGUUGCCAUGCCAAAGUGGAGGUGCGCUAUGAAGACAAAGUGGAGCAGGUGAGCAUCCGUUUGGACCAGACCGUCGCAGGGCUGAAGAAGCAGCUGAGGACUGUUGUGCAGCUCCCCACCAGCAACAUGCGCCUUUACUACAUCGACAAGGGUUCUGCCUUUGGCCCCGACGAGUUGAAAUACAGCACACGGGCCUUGCACUCUUACAGCAUUCAAGAUGGGGAUGAGAUCCUGGUAGUUCCCAAAACAAAAUAACCGUCUUUCUUCAGGAUCACAAAAAAGCUAUAUUUAAAUAACCAAAUCCACUUUGAAUUAGCGCCAUCUAAUUUCCACAGAGUGAAUGGAACUGUCUUUCAGGGAAAAACUUCUAGGAUUUGCUGGGGCUUUAGUUCGGCACAUAAGAAACACCGUGUUCUAUUAGUACUUACUCUGCCGCUUUGGAAGUGGGCACUCAAACUUGUACCUCCAAUACAAAGCAUAUGCUGAGAAAAGUGCUUAUCUUCAUUUCAACUGUAUCCAUAUUAUGGAGUGUGUUUAUUUUGAUAUUUUACUCGCAGAAUAAUGAGAUCUGUUUAGUGGCAAAACAUCAGUCCACCAAAGAUUGUUAUGAUUACAUACACAUAUUAUAUAUAAUAUGAUUAUUCACAGUAUUUAUUAUGGAUUUACUGAUUGGUGUUAUUUGUUAAAAACGAAACAAAACAAAUCAAUAGCAAACCAAGCAAUGUGUAUGACUCUAUCCGGCCAGCAAAACAUAAGCGGGAAAUUUGGCUCCUAUGUUAAUUUAAAAGAAUAGUUCACCCAAAAAUGAGAAUUUUUUGAAAAUUUACUCACCCUCAGGCC